GGUGCCUUCUGUAUUUUUGAUAUUAUAUUCGUUAACUUAAGUGAUAAAAAUGACUGAAGAAGAGGAGAUACGUGGAACUUCGGGUGACGUAAAUAUGAUAGCGGGACAUAAGGACUCUUCAUCGUCGGGAACGUCAAAAACGCUGCAAUUUGCAGAGAAGCAGAAGUUGAUACAAGAGUCUUCGUGGACGAAGACUGUCCCGUACAAACACUGGCAUAGCUAUAUAAAGCCUACCGACAGUAUAGGUAGUCUCUUUACACCCGACGUACACAUGUAUCGAAUCAGAACUCUGACCAAACGUGAUGUCAAGCCUGCACGAUGGCAUCCUUUUGCCGAUGGAGCCCUUGUAAAUCCACCUCGCAAUCUCGUCGAAAGGCAUAAUGAGGAACUUAAACGAAGAAUCGCAGCUAUGGAGGAGAAGAAACGCGAUUCUUUGCCGGAAAAUAUAGUGAGUCUGAAAGAUUUAGCGGACGACACGUGGUUGCGGAAAAAAAGUCGGAAAGCGAGAAUCUUGAUGAAAAAAGAAUUAUCCAUACGCAAGGAAAAGAUAACGACGCAAAAGCCCGAUCGAGAGACGGAGCGUUAUGUCGAGGCAGAAAUUCCGAAAUCUGUAGAUGAACAAUUAGCCGAAUUAAGAGCGAUAGUUGAUAAGGGACGAUUAAUGAAACUUGAGGAUGUUGCUAAAAUAGUUUAUCUUAGAGAUCAUUGUGUAAGCGAUCAUCACAUACAAUCGUACGAUUACGUUAAUAUUGAAGCAGCGAAGAAGCGUAUUAUCGGUAAAUUACAAGAACGUGAGGACUUUGACAUUAUAAUCAAAGGUUUGGAGCCGGAAAUAAUUGAUGACUAUAAGCGAAGCAUUCGCAGCGCGAUUGUGGAUUAUAUUCUGAUGGAUUCCAAUGAACGAAAACGUUUGUCUAUCGAAACGUUUCCUAGCGAAUUCCCUAUUUUAUGCGUUUGCGCGCCAGUGCCUUGGCAUCAAUCCAAAAUCACGGCAAAUCAUAUGAUGCGACACAAUCUGUUUAUCGGGAAUGAAAUAUUAAGAGAUAUCCGAGAUCUAUGGUUUACAAAGUAUUGUCAAAUAAGAAUAAUUCAUAUGCAAGAUUUUGGCGAGUUUCCCGUUCCUGCCGCGGAAAUUGAACCAAAAUUCGACGCCCUGUGUGUUGCCGCCACCGAUGUUCUCGUUAAAGAAUGGCUAGCCGAUGUGGCGGAAAUCUUUCUCGAGAAGAAACCCUACUGGUCGCAGUACUUCGAAAUGCAGCCUGAAGCAUCCACCGCGUUGAUCGAGAAAUACUUUCGCAGCGUCAAUUCUUUAUUGUCGAAGCAAUUGCGAAUCAUAAUAAUGAAGACGCUAGAAGACGUGAGGGAUUUCUUCAUGCGUUACGAAGCUGGCAACGCGUUCGAAGAAGAUUACAAGGAUCUUAUGUUUCUCGAAACUCCUUUCAUAACAGUGAAAGUAGAACCGGAACUCAAUACGACGAGAUUGCACUGCAGACCGAGCAUUUUAAAGUUGCACACUAUGAUCUCGCGAUGUUUUGACAAGAUCAUCACGGUGGGCGCAACGAUACCUAAAAUCGAAACCAUUCUGUUUCCGGAAUUGAAGGAUACAGGUCAUUUAUUUUCUAUCUUGCGAUUCGAAGACAAGGUACUGAGCGUCAUCAGCGAUGUCUUGGACGUGGUUAUUAAGCAUAUAACUGGUCCCAAUAAUUAUCUCAAGUGCUAUCAGAAUUUGCUGUAUAUUACGAGCGGGGUAGCCGAGAAAAAAUUAGACAAUUUCUUCAAGCUCGAGCCGGUACCAUUGUUGCGAGAAUUUGAGCAACAAAUAAAGGCGUACGACGCUUUGCGUAAAGAGAUUUGUAUGUUUCGAUGUAAAAUCCCGUUGAAUAUGAUCGAGAUUGAUUGCAGUACCGUGAACGAUACAAUGAAAGAAAUUCUGCAUACACUUCGAAAUAGAAUAUGCGAUUAUUUUGCGGACGAGCUACGUGCCAACAAUCAUGAGUUGUGCUCAAUUUUUGAUGAAAUAGCGGAGAACAUCUCGAAAAUGCCGGAAACGACGCAGCAGGUUGUGGAGCUGUACAACUAUUUGUGCGAGAGCCGCGAUACGACGAUGUUCAACCUGCGAAGACGAUUAGCUCGUUCGGUCGAAUUGAUAUUGUUCCUGUUUGAUCAUCAGCCGCUUUCGGACGAGGACAUCCAUUUGAAUUCACGCACUAUCACCUGGCCGAAGGAAAUGGAGGUCGUGAUGGAAUUAGCGAGUAAUAGAUUGAACAUGAGAAAGGAUUUCCUGGAGACGGUACUUCGUACGAGACGAGACGCCUUCGAGAAGAAAAUAAUUACGAUACAACUGGCAAUCGAGCAAUUCAAACGAAAAGAUCCGCCAGUUCUCACGAUGGAAGAAAUGGAACAGGCUGUGGAAGAAAUUGAACAAAUUUCCACAACCAUGGCGGAGAUUCGUAAGGAGGCCGAAGAGAUCAACGAGGAGGAGGGACUGCUGGACAUGGAUCUGAGCCCACAUAUGGAACUUCCGACUAUGUCGAGCACGAUAGACACUUUUGAUAAACUCUGGCAUACCGCUUUGGACUUCCAUCGGAAUUACGACAAAUGGUUUUACGGUCCAUUUGUGGGUCUGGACGCUGACCAAGUGCGCGAUGAAACCGAAGACACAUGGCGAACCUUAUAUAAGAUGUCACGCAUGUUGACGGAGGUACCAGGCGCGAGACGCGUCGCUGAGAUGGUGCGUGGCAAGGUGGAGAAGUUCCGGCAGUUUAUUCCAGUAUUGCAGACCAUCUGUACACCGGGUCUGCAGGUGCGACAUUGGGAGGCAAUCAGCAAGAUUGUCGACGUGAAGAUAGUACUGACGGACACUAGUAAUCUAUCGGAAAUGAUCGAGUACGGUCUACCCGCUUACAUCGCCAAGCUGGAAGAAAUAGCUACAGCAGCCACGAAGGAAUACACUUUGCAGCGGAAUCUGCGGAAGAUGAAGGAGGAGUGGCAGGAGGUGUACUUCGAAUUGACUCCUUAUCGAGAGACUGGAGUACAUAUAUUAUCCGCCGUGGACGAUAUACAGAUGUUGCUGGAUGAUCACAUUCUUAAAGCGCAAACCAUGCGCGGUUCGCCCUUCGUGAAAGCAUUCGAAGAGGAGAUGCAACUGUGGGAGGAAAAGUUGAUAAUGAUGCAAGACAUCAUCGAUCAGUGGCUGCUCUGUCAGGCUACUUGGAUGUAUCUGGAACCGAUAUUUAGCAGCGAGGACAUCAUGCGUCAGAUGCCUAUCGAGUCGAAAAACUUUCGUAGAAUCGACAAGAUCUGGCGCAAUAUUAUGUUGUACGUCUUCGAUAACAGACGGGUGAUCGACGCCACUGCGAUGCCGAAUAUGUUGCAGGAAUUCAAGCUCUGUAAUUCGCUUCUCGAAGAGAUUCAGAAGGGUCUCAACGAUUAUUUGGAGAAGAAGCGUUUGUUCUUCCCGCGAUUCUUUUUUCUGUCGAAUGACGAACUUUUAGAGAUUCUAUCCGAGACUAAGGAGCCACAACGAGUGCAGCCGCAUCUACGGAAGUGCUUCGAGGGUAUCAGUAAGCUUCGUUUCACCAAGGAAGAAGAGAUCAUUGGCAUGCUAUCAGCCGAGGAAGAGUAUGUGCCUUUUAGCGGCAAGAUUUAUCCGGCCGAUGCGAAGGGUAUGGUCGAGAGGUGGUUAUGCCAAGUGGAAGAGCUCAUGACGAUAUCGUUACGUGACAUUGCCGAGGAAAGUAUAAUAUCAUAUUUCGAUUCUCUGCGUGAAGAGUGGGUGCUCUUGUGGCCUGGUCAAAUUGUCAUUUGCAGCAGCCAGAUACAUUGGACCAGCGAGGUGUAUGAAUCCUUCGAGGAUCAUUCUCUAGCGUCCUACUUGCACAAGUGCUCUGAUCAAAUAGAGGACAUCGUAGCGCUUGUACGCGGCAAAUUAGAACCUGGUGCUAGAAUAACGCUGAACGCGCUGAUAGUGAUAGACGUGCAUGCUCGGGAUGUGGUAAAGCUGCUGAUUGAUAAGCAAGUCGACAAUCCCUCAGACUUCAACUGGAUAUCGCAGCUUCGCUAUUACUGGUUGGACGACUGCAUCACCGUCUCCAUGGUCACGACUAAUAUAAUGUACGCCUUUGAGUAUCUUGGCAACACACCCAGACUGGUGAUAACGCCGUUGACGGAUCGAUGCUAUAGAACCUUGAUGGGCGCGCUAAAAUUGAACUUAGGUGGUUCCCCGGAGGGUCCGGCAGGCACCGGCAAAACGGAAACGGCCAAAGAUCUUGCGAAGGCUGUGGCUAAGCAGUGUGUGGUGUUCAACUGUUCUGAAGGACUUGAUUACAAAGCAAUGGGCAAGUUCUUCAAAGGUCUUGCACAAUCGGGAGCCUGGGCAUGCUUCGAUGAAUUCAAUAGGAUCGAAUUGGAGGUGUUAUCCGUGAUCGCGCAGCAGAUACUGUCGAUACAGAUGGCUAUAAGCAUGAAGCUUGACAAAUUUAUGUUUGAAGGCACCGAGUUAAAGUUGAAUCCCACCUGCAACGUUAUCAUAACUAUGAAUCCGGGCUAUGCCGGCCGGCAGGAAUUACCAGACAAUCUGAAGGUGCUGUUCCGAACAGUAGCGAUGAUGGUGCCGGACUAUGCCAUGAUCGGUGAAAUCACACUCUAUUCUUACGGCUUCACAAACGCUAAGACUCUCGCAGAGAAAAUAGUUCACACCUACAAACUGUGUUCCGAACAAUUGAGUUCUCAAAAUCACUAUGAUUACGGAAUGCGAGCAGUAAAGACUGUGCUGAUAGCGGCCGGCAAUUUAAAACUCAAAUAUCCGAAGCGCAACGAGUACAUCCUGGUCCUCCGUGCCAUCGUGGACGUUAAUCUACCCAAAUUCUUGUCUCAGGACGUUUCUCUCUUCAACGGUAUCUACACAGAUCUCUUUCCGGACGUGCAGCUACCUCAACCGGAACGUGGCGAAUUGGUGGAGUUGCUGAAGAAAAAUCUAGAAAAGCGAAAUCUUCAGGCUACCGACUGGUAUUUAGAGAAGAUUGUGCAGAUCUACGAAAUGUUGCUCGUACGACACGGUCUGAUGAUCGUCGGCGAAGCCUUGGGCGGGAAAACUCAGGCCUAUCAGGUGCUGGCCGAUUCUUUGGGCGAUUUAUCAGGCACACGAAAAGCCACGAUGCGGGAAUACCGUACGGUCUUUAGGGUGAUCAAUCCCAAGGCCAUCCCGCUGAAUCAACUGUACGGUAGCUUUGAUCCGGUGUCACACGAGUGGAGCGACGGCGUAUUAGCCAACACGUUUCGCGAGUACGCGCAGUCUAUCGCGAUCGAGCGUAAAUGGAUCGUCUUCGAUGGUCCAGUGGACGCGAUUUGGAUCGAAAGCAUGAACACCGUGCUGGACGAUAACAAGAAGCUCUGUUUGAUGUCCGGUGAGAUCAUACAAAUGUCUGGCAAGAUGAAUAUGUUUUUUGAGCCGGCCGACCUCGAGCAUGCCUCGCCUGCUACUGUCAGCAGAUGCGGCAUGAUCUAUAUGGAACCUUCUCAAUUGGGCUGGCAAGCAAUCUUUGAAUCUUAUAAAAAACAUCUCAAGGAGAAAUUGUUGUUCGAACAAUACGAACUUGUUAUCGAAUUGAUCGAAUGGCUGACCGUGCCGAUAUUGCAUUUUAUUCACUAUAAUUGUAAGACUUUUAUAGACACAUCGGAGAUACAUAUGUUUAUAUCUUUCACAAGAGUAUUCAGCAUGAUGUUGGCAGAGGAAACGCAAGUAAGCACAGUGUGGCUUCAAUGCGUAUUAUUAUUCAGCUUAGUUUGGGGUAUUUGCCCAACAUUAACGAGUGACAGCCGAAAAACCUUCGACGUGUACUUACGAAAAUUAUUACUCGGUAAUAUUGAAGAGUAUCCUAAGCCGAAGAUGUUCAAAUUGACGAAGCAACAAAUCUUUCCCGACAAAGGUACGGUGUAUGAUUGGAUUUACGAUAAGAGAAAUAAUGGAUGUUGGAUAUCUUGGAUGGAUACAAUGCAACAGGCGCCUUUACCAGCAACUGCGAAAGUCAGUGAGCUAAUCAUCCAGACGACGGAGACGUCCAUUCAGCAUUUCUUCAUUAAACAAUUUUUGCACCGAUCGGUACCGCUUUUGUUUGUGGGUCCGACGGGCACCGGCAAGUCUGCGAUUAUACUGAACUAUCUUGUAUCACUGCCACGCGAGAAAUACCUGGAGAAUGUUAUAAAUUUUAGCGCGCGUACGAACGCGCCGCAAACGCAGGAGAUAGUGAUGUCGAAAUUGGACAGGAGGAGGAAAGGAGUUUACGGUCCUGCUAUGGGGAAGAAGUGCGUAUUAUUCGUAGACGAUCUCAGCAUGCCACAGGUGGAAAUCUACGGCGCACAACCGCCGAUAGAGUUACUUCGUCAAUGGAUAGAUCAUGGGUAUUGGUUUGAUCCGAAGGAUACCUCGAUGCUGUAUCUGGUGGAUAUCUUGCUGAUCACUGCUAUGGUACCACCCGGAGGUGGUUCUAAUGUCGUAACGUCGCGAUUCACUCGUCACAUGCAUGUGAUUGGUAUUGAUUCUUUCGAGGAGGCCACUAUGACGAAGAUCUUCUCGUCGAUUCUUGAUUGGCAUUUUGCCAAGGGUUUUGUCCCGGAGGUUUCACGAUUGAGUAAGAUGGUAGUGAAUGCUACUAUGAAAGUGUUUCUCGAGGCCGUUAAGAAUUUCUUACCAACGCCAUCGAGAAGUCAUUACAAAUUCAACUUACGUGACUUUAAUCGAAUUAUCGGUGGCGUACUUCUGGUACCGGCCACUAGAAUGAAAGAUCCGGACAAGCUUAUAAGAUUAUGGAUUCACGAAGUAUACCGAGUUUUCCAUGACAGACUGAUAGACGACACCGAUCGUGAGACAUUGUUCAGGAUAGUACGGCACACAUGCUACGAUCAGCUGCGCCAGCCGCUGGAGAAGGUACUCACCAAUUUGCUGAAGCCAGAUGAAAAAGCAAUCAGGAGUUCUCACAUUUGCGACCUCUUCUUUGGAAGUUACCUUGAGCCUGACGCUGACCCGAAGGUAUAUGACGAAGUAACAGAUUUGGACGAUCUUCAAGAGAAAAUGGAUUAUUAUUUGGCCGAGUAUAACGCAGUUUCACAGACGCCAAUGAAUCUGGUGCUGUUUCGAUAUGCCAUCGAGCACGUAUCUCGCGUUUCUCGAGUAUUGUUGCAGGAUAACGGUCACGCCCUGCUUGUUGGAGUGGGUGGUUCUGGUCGCAACUCUUGUGCCAAACUGGCGACCAGCAUGUGUGAAUAUCAGAUAUAUCAGAUUGAGAUUACCAGGACCUACGGACCGACUGAGUGGCGAGAGGACCUGAAGCAGUUACUGUUGCGAGUCGGCUGUGGUGGCAAGCCUACUGUUUUCAUCUUCGGCGAUCAUCAGAUCAAAGACGAAUCUUUCAUCGAGGACAUUAAUAUGAUAUUGAACACUGCGGACGUGCCCAACUUGUAUGCAGUGGAUGAAAAAGCGGAGAUACUAGACAAGAUGAUGAGCGUCGCACGAGAAGUAGGCGGCGGCAAGAAAGCGGAAAUGACACCGAUGGUGCUGUACAAUCUCUUCAUAGAAAGGAUUAAAAAGAACCUUCACAUAGUCUUGACAAUGUCGCCAAUAGGCGAUACUUUUCGGAAUCGUCUCAGGAUGUUCCCAUCGCUCAUCAACUGUUGCACCAUUGACUGGUUUACACUCUGGCCCGAAGAUGCCCUUGAAAAAGUAGCGAGAAUGUCGCUGAGGGAUCUUGACAUCGGUUCAGAAUUGCGAGAGAAAUGCGUGCAGAUGUGUAAACAGUACCACACCAGUGUCUCUAUAGCAAGCGAAGAUUAUUAUUCGGCUUAUGGUAGACGAUAUUACGUCACGCCCACGAGUUUCCUGCAAUUGAUCAAGUCAUUGUACAGAUUGUAUGGACAGAAAAUCGAGCAGAUCACCAUGCAGCAGAAUCGUUACGAAACUGGUCUAGAGAAGCUGGACUUCGCCGCCGGCCAAGUGUCGAUCAUGCAAGAUGAGUUGCAUCAAUUACAGCCGAAGUUACUAGCGCAGUCGCAGUUGAGCGAUAAGCUAAUGAUCCGAAUCGAACAGGACACUGUCAAUGUAGAGGCGAAGAAAGAAAUUGUGGCGGCUGACGAAGCUUUAGCGAACGAAGCAGCUGCGGCGGCUCAAGCAAUUAAGGAUGACUGCGAAAGCGAUUUGGCAGAGGCCACCCCGGCAUUGGAAGCUGCUCUAGCGGCAUUAGACACUUUGAAGCCGGCAGACAUCACGAUUGUGAAGGCGAUGAAGGCUCCACCGGCUGGUGUCAGAUUGGUGAUGGAGGCGGUCUGUGUGCUGAAAGGUGUAAAACCAGACAAAGUUCAGGAUCCGGGCACAGGCCAGAUGGUAGAUGACUACUGGCCCGCGUCCAUCAAGCUGCUGGGCGAUAUGAAAUUUUUGGAGAAUUUGAAAAAUUUUGACAAGGAUAACAUACCACCGGCGUACAUGAAGCGUAUUCGCGAAAAGUUUAUAAAUGACCGGAGCUUUCAGCCAGAAGCCAUCAAGAAGGUCUCCACCGCAUGUGAGGGUCUCUGCAAAUGGGUACGCGCUAUGGAAGUGUACGAUCGCGUGAUCAAGGUCGUAGCACCGAAGAAAGCGAUGCUGGCAGAAGCGGAGGCGGCACUGGCCAUACAAAUGGAAAUGCUCAACGAAAAGAGGGCCUUGCUGCAGGAAGUGACGCAGAAAUUGCAGUCUUUGAACGACGAGUUCGCAGAAUGUAUGCGCGAGAAAAAGAAGUUGGAGGACCAAAUCGACUAUUGCAGACAGAAGUUGGAGAGAGCCGAAAAACUGCUGGGUGGUCUAAGCGGCGAGAAGAGCAGAUGGAGCGAGACUGCCGGUAAACUGGGCUCCAGUUUGGGAAAUGUAAUCGGAGACGUUCUACUAUCAUCCGGAAUGGUAGCUUAUCUGGGAGCAUUCACGGUGGAUUACAGAAACAAAUUGAUCGACCAGUGGCACGUUUCUUGCAUGCAAGCGGCUAUACCAUGUGCUGUGAAAUUUAAUCUGAUUGAUAUUUUGGGCGAACCCGUAGAAAUAAGAGGAUGGACUAUUCAAGGUUUACCAGCUGACAACUUUUCGGUAGAAAACGGUAUAAUUGUGAAGCACGCCGAUCGUUGGCCGCUCAUGAUCGAUCCGCAGAAUCAAGCAAAUAAGUGGAUAAAGAACAUGGAAAAGCCGAACAAACUGACAGUGAUUAAGCUCACGGAUCCCAAUUACGUGAGAGUAAUGGAGACGAGCAUUCAGCUGGGAACGCCAGUGUUGUUGGAGAACAUUCUGGAAGAGAUUGAUGCGAUUUUGGAGCCUGUGUUACUGAAGAACAUAUAUAAGCAGCGCGGAGUAUUAUAUAUGAAAUUCGGUGAAUCCGUAUUGGAGUACAAUCCGAACUUUCGAUUCUAUAUCACCACACGUCUGCGAAAUCCGCAUUACUUGCCUGAGAUUGCAGUGAAGGUGACUCUAUUAAACUUCAUGAUCACACCUCAAGGUCUACAGGAUCAGCUGUUAGGUAUAGUCGUGGCCAAGGAAUUACCGACGUUAGAGGAGCAGAAGAAUCAGUUGAUAGUGGAAGGCGCAAACAACAGGAGAAUUCUGAAGGAAAUUGAGGAUAAAAUUCUAGAAGUUCUCACAACAUCUGAGGGUAACAUACUCGAAGAUGAGACUGCUAUCAGGAUACUCUCGACUUCGAAGAUGUUGUCGGAGGACAUUCAGGCGAAACAGGAGAUUGCGGUGAAGACCUCAGUGGAGAUAGACAAAGCUCGCAAUGGUUAUCGGCCCGUCUCGAAGCAUGGUGCGAUUCUCUUCUUCUGUAUCUCCGAGUUGACCAACAUAGAUCCCAUGUACCAAUAUUCGCUACCGUGGUUCCUGCAUCUUUACGUUAUGGCAAUAACCCACAGUGAGCAGUCGGCAGACUUGGACACACGAAUGAAGAGUCUCAAUUCGUACUUCACAGCAAGCAUCUAUAGAAACGUGUGUCGUUCCCUGUUCGAAAAGGAUAAAUUGAUAUUCUCCCUGGUUCUCUGCGCUGGUCUGCUACGUGCCGCUCAUAAACUGGAGGAAGAGCUCUGGGUGUUUUUAUUGACGGGUGGAGUGGCUCUUGACAAUCCUUAUCCCAAUCCUGAUCCCUCGUGGCUGUCCGACAAAUCUUGGUCUGAAAUCGUGAGAGCUAGUCUAUUGCCGGGUCUUGAAAAAUUGAGGGAGUCCUUCCAGGUCAAUAUAUCACAGUGGCAAGCUUAUUAUGAUCUGUCGAAUCCGCAAGACCAUCCUUUUCCACCACCGUUUGAGCAUGAGGGCGAGACCCUGAGGAAGCUCGUGAUCCUGAGAUGCGUGAGGAAUGAUAAGUUAGUCGCUGUCGUUCAAUCUUUUGUCAUUCAUCAUAUGGGCACGUCUUUCGUGGAACCGCCACCGUUCGAUCUUCAGAGUUCAUACGACGACUCGAGCAACGUCACGCCCCUCAUCUUUGUACUUUCGCCCGGAUCGGACCCGAUGGCCGGGUUAAUCAAGUUCGCCGAAGAUCGUGGAAUCUCGAAGAAAAAUCUCAUGACGAUAUCGUUGGGCCAGGGCCAAGGGCCAAUUGCGACCAGCAUGAUCGACCGCGGUAUCAAAAGUGGUGAGUGGGUCAUUUUGCAGAAUUGUCACCUUGCCGUCUCGUGGAUGAAGGAGCUUGACCGGAUAUGCGACGAGAUCAUCGUGCCCGAGAACACGCAUCGCGACUUCCGUUUAUGGUUGACCAGUUAUCCAUCCAAGGGGUUUCCGGUCACUAUACUGCAGAAUGGCGUCAAGAUGACGAAUGAACCACCUAAGGGACUAAAGAACAACCUGUUAAGGAGCUAUAUGAACGAUCCUAUAUCGGAUCCCAAGUUCUUCCGUGAAUGUAUGAAGAUAGUGGAAUGGAGAAAAUUGUUGUUCUCUUUGUGUUUCUUCCAUGCAGUGGUGCAGGAAAGACGGAAUUUUGGUCCACUCGGUUGGAAUAUACCUUACGAGUUUAACGAGUCCGAUUUGCGUAUUUGUAUUUUGCAAUUACAGCUAUUCUUAAAUGACUAUGAGGAAGUGCCAUUCGAUGCGCUUGUUUAUCUGACAGGAGAAUGCAACUAUGGAGGCAGAGUGACUGAUGACAAAGAUAGACGCCUACUGAAUGCGCUGCUGAAGAAUUUUUACAAUCCUCAAGUUAUUAUAGAUACAAAGUACUUAUUUUCCCCGAGCGGAAUUUAUUAUAUGCCAGAGGACACCGAUUGUGAAGGAUGUCUGAAGUACAUUCGUAGCUUACCAAUCAACCAGAUGCCGGAAGUUUUUGGUUUGCAUGAGAAUGCAGACAUAGCAAAGGACAAUCGGGAAGCUAUGCAAUUGUUAGCUGGUGCGCUUUUAACCCAGCCACAAAUCAGUGGAACAGGUGUCGAGAAAGACACGGACGAAGUAGUUUUUACUCUGGCCGGUGAGAUUCUAUCAAAGAUGCGACCACAAUUUGAUAUUGAAUAUGUGUCGAGCAAAUAUCCAGUACUUUACAUGAACAGCAUGAACACGGUGUUACGUCAAGAACUCGUUAAAUUCAACGAACUCACCGAUGUUAUCAAGGAAACAUUGGACAACGUGCGGAAAGCUAUUAGAGGACUGGUACUGAUGUCACCGGAAUUGGAGGACGUUUAUCACAACCUGAGCAUCGGCAAAGUGCCGCGCGCUUGGGACAGAAAAUCGUACCCCUCGCUGAAACCACUCGGCAGCUACGUGAACGAUUUGCUGGCGAGAUUGCAGUUUCUGCAAGAUUGGAUCGACCGCGACGCACCAAAUGUGUUUUGGAUAUCUGGCUUUUUCUUUACGCAGUCUUUUCUGACGGCGGUGCUGCAGAAUUACGCUCGUAAGCACAAGAUACCGAUUGACCUGUUGGACUUCGAAUUCGAGAUCACUCAGUUCGAGUCAAGCGUUGACACCACACCUUCCUAUGGGGUUUAUAUAAGUGGUCUCUUUUUGGAGGGAGCUCGAUGGAACAGAAAAACAAAACUGUUGGACGAAUCUAAACCUAAGAUAAUGUUCGAUAUUCUACCCAUCAUAUGGUUAAAGCCUGGUGAAAAAGUUAAAUUCGACAUAAAAAACGUUUAUUAUUGUCCAGUGUACAAGACGAGUGCUAGACGUGGUGUAUUAGCUACCACUGGGCACUCUUCCAACUUUAUACUAUAUAUUUUGAUCCCGACGGAUCUAGACGAAUCCCAUUGGAUUAAGCGAGGUGUAGCUGCUCUUUGUCAACUUGAUGAUUAAUAAAAACAAUAAGGUGACGUUCGUUGAAAAGAAAUGGAAAGUGACCAGACCAGAAACGAGAGGAAUUUUAAAAGAUGCGGCAAAAUGUGUAUUGUAUCGUUAGUUCCGGAAUCCGCUUUUGGGACUGAAACUGGUUAUUCUAUAUUUAUAAAACUAUAAAAACAGAGGACUAUAUUUACGUCUCAGUCAAGGAUAACCACAGAAUACCAAUGCUGUAGGAACAGGUAUUGCUUUAUAUUCUUUUCACGUGCCGUUAUAAGAAUUAGGAAUGUCCGGAUUUAAUGCGCGAGAGCUGCAUAUUAAUUGCCAAUGUAAAACCGUUCUUUUAAUUUAUGCGAUCUUUAUCUUUCAAUAAAGAUAAGGAUAAAAUGUUUUCAGAAAGAAUUUAUGAGAUUGGAAAUGUAACUCGUGCAAUUUUAAAAAUAAGGCAAGAUUCAGAAACAUAAAAAAAGCAACAAGUUGAUUAAAUAUAAAUAAUAAAUUAAUUAAAUGCCUAAAUAAGGGUAUCUAAUGUGCAUUCUAAUUAAUAAUCACUUGGGUAACGCUCAAAAGAUUCGCGUUCCUAUUAUUCAUGAUUUCACCUAUCGCUACUAUCGUUAUUGGGAACGAAUCGGUCGCACGCAAUACGUUGUCAUAGUUUCAACUACACUUUCACAUAGGAUAGGAAAGUGUAGCAGCUUAUAUUACGUCGUAUUUGCAGAUUUCCCGCCAACUGUUUCAUAGUAAACAUCGUUGAAUCUCAUGUUCAUGCUUGAAAAUUAUCAGUAAUCAAUAAUUAUAUCGCUAUUGGUGAUGCAACAUUUAAUGCUGUUUAUGUAUAAUAUUAUCGUUAUAAACUAGUUCAAGAUCAAAUGACGUAAAAAAAAAGAUACAGCUAUCUUUUUCAAGUUUGUUAUAGUAUACAGAUACUUUUGUACAUAAUAUUUCUAUAUAAAAUGCAAUGUGCAAGAAAAAAGUAAAAAUAUUUAGAAGCAAAUGUCAUUUGUGACGCUUUCUUCGGUAUUUAUAAAAAAAUUUGAUUGUAAUUAAAUUCUUAUUAAUUUAUUUGCUAGAAAGAACUUUAGUCCAUUGUAUUUAAAAAUAAAGAUGUAUUUCCGUGAAAUAAAUUUAUAUUCCACAAAUAAAUUUUUAAAUAUCUUU